AUGUUCGGCCAGCGAUCACGGGCAUCGCAUAAUAAGAAGAAGAAGGCUACGCGCGGCAAACUCAGCAUCGAUACGACAUGCGCUGUACAGAAGACGGUCUUUCCUUACGAAUCACGAAUCCCGGAGUUGAAGUUUGUGAGCUUUGAAGAGUCGCAUGCGAGGACUGAGGCGGUAGAGGUUGGUCAGCUGGGUGGCAAGACGCCUGUGUAUGCUGGUGCCGAGAAGGUGGUUGCAACUGGUUUGCAAGGGCAUCAACCUUCCGUGCGGAGCCUGCGUGGCGAUGUAGCAGUUGCUACGCCAGCAGUGCAAGAUGGACAGGGUAUCGGUGGAUUGUAUUCGAAGAGAGGCCCGGCCUCGAGAAAACCGGAACCUUUGAAGAUUGAUCGUGCUGCAGCGGAUGAGCAAGAAGCGGCCUAUGGACUGGAAGUCGCCACGCCCAGGAUCGUCAUUACACCAGCUCGAGAUGAGUUUCGCAGCUCGCAGGCCCAGCAAGUCAAAGGACGACGCCCGGCUUCGAGCGUGUACUCUCGCUACACUAAUUGCAUGUCUACGUCGACAGCGCCACCAGUUCCACCUCUUCCCUUCACAGGCACUGGAUCAGCGGGUCUCAAGUCACGGUUCUCAGCGGUGACUGCGACAACUACAUUCGAGGAUGUCUCACCUUUGGAGGCUACUGAGAAGCCAUGUCCUCUUCCGACUCCUGGUCUCCCUACACCUCGUCGCAGCAAAGGCUGGUGGACAAUCCUCUCGCCUUUCUCUGCGAAAUCUACAAUUCAGUCAUUUUGGCGUUCUCCGCCACCCAUUGCGGAGCGCACGCCGGUUUUGCAUGACGCUGCAGCUAUGGGAGAAGCGGAUCCAGAAGUCAUGGAAAGUGAAGCUAGUCGUGCGAGGGGAGACGCUCGAUAUUCGGCGCCAUGCGAAGGUCGGACUGUGUCGAUGAGUGAAAAGGUGCCGCAGCGAUCUUUGACUUCUCCAGCAGCGUUGCAUGGAACUCCGAAGUCGUUUGACAUGUAUUUCAUUCCGAGCACUGGGCUUGCUGCAGCUUACUUUGACAUUGCGCGUCGCUUUCCGAGCUGGUAUCCUCAGGAGGAUCAGGACAGGAGCAUGGUCUCGCCUGGAUGGUCUCCUUCGCAGAGCGUGUAUACGUCGCCACACGGAAAAGAUGGCCACUCAUCUGACGCAAUAGAUGCGGACGAUGUCAAGAAUACCGCACAAGGGACACAGGAUAAGACUCCGCCAGAAGGAACCCUUUCGCCGCCAGCAAUGAGCGGCGCCAAAGGGGCAAUUUUCACAACACCAUCUGCUGACGAGCUCCGGACUCCUCCAGUGGUCAGAUCGACUCCUGCUCGCGGCAUGACACAGACGACGGACACUUCUUUCAUGUCACCACUCUCAGCAACACCAGAAAUCCAACAAGCCCACCUCGGUAUGCCUAUUGGACCAACCUCAUCCUUUGGGGAACAGAAACAGAUCGCAGUAUCACGCGCGCCAACUCCAAGUGCUCUGGAUGAAACUGUUCUGCUUCACAAGGAGGAAGAAUACAUACCUGCUCGCAGCCCUCCAGAGCCCAAGAGUGUCACGAGAAUGCGAGUCACCCACACCAGACAGGAUUCUUACGGGCUUGGCAUUAGCGAUGGUGGGAAGAACGAGCUGUUCCCGCCACCUGUGUAUGUGGAAGAGCGACCACAGUUGGUGACAGACAGAUUUGGCCAGCUCACUGUUCGCAGCCUAGGAGACGACAAACCGAGACCACCUUGGUACAGGCGGCAUAUCUGGCUGCUUUCGCUCUUCGCGGGUGUUCUUCUACUGGUGCUCAUCAUUCUCCUGGUCAUCUUCGUCCCUCAAAAGCACAGCGAUGUGGCUGUUGAGGCUUCAUGGCUGAACUUGACGGGAUUCCCUGCCAUACCUAUUGGCGUCAGCACGAUAAUCCAGCCAAAGAUGAAGAAGUCCAGAGACACCUGUGUAAAAGGUCCGAUUUGGUCUUGCUCAGCACCAUCUUCAGCGGCUACUGGUGAUCUGCCGAACUUUCGACUUGAAAUUCGCUCCAAAAAUAUGACGACUAGCAAGCUUGCGAAGAGGAGUAGCUGGAAGGAUUAUGUCUUCGCCUCGUUGCCGGCGCCACCCGGUGACGACGAUCGGAAGUACCUUGGACGUACGACCGACAAUGUUAGCGAGCCGUAUGACGGAGAGGAGACGCCUUUCUACAUCUCCUUGCUCGAUGCUGUAGCGCUUCAGCCGAGCUCGAAGUUGCUCAAGCGUAGCUCUAACUUCAGCUACCCUUAUCCCACUACAUCUGCAAGUAAUGAUGAUGAUCACGACGACCCCGAUGAUGACAAAAAGAUCAAGAUCGACACUUCCGCUGCGUCGAACAUACCCAAAGCCGCUGUCAAACUCGAUGGCAAACCCGGAGACUCCACUCUCUACCCUUUUGUCACUGCUCAACCGCUCCGACUUUACAAUCGAGGGCUCGACACUGAGCACUACAGUUUCUAUACCUACUUCGAUCGCUCCAUCUACAUCGACAACUCGGAGUCUUCCGGCUCUUCUCAAUCUCGGAACACCUCGAACAAUAAUAAUAUCACAACCAACGUCCCGCUCUCCUCCGCAUCCGCAGUCUGCACCUUCUCUCAAACCCGACUCUCGAUCAAAAUCUGGACGAGAAGAGGACUUCUCAACAAUGCGACAAUCUCCUCCUCCACCAACGGCUCUACUGUAGCCGGGUCAUCGACUGCGAACUCUAUGAGCUUCCCCGGAAGUUUCCCAUACCAUGUUACUGUCACGAUUGACAGACAUGGUGGUUUAUCUGCGAAGGACAAAGCGGUGUAUUGUUAUGGCAUUGAAGAGGAAACAGAGAUCGUGGAUUCGAGUGUGAAAAGUUGGAUUUGGGAGGAUCGUGGUGUGGGAGGGAAAUUGGUCGAUGGAGGUGAGGUGCCGGGCGAGAAAGAGGAAGGAUUGGAGAGACGGGACGAUGAUGCAGAGGAAGAAGAAAAUAGAAGCAAGGAAAGUAAGAAUGAGGGGAGUGGGAUAGAUGGCGGGACUGGAGGCUGCUUCUGCCAGUGGGACAGUGGCGAUUGA